AUGGCCAAGAACUUGAGUAUCGUAGCACUUGUUGUCGCCCUGUCCUGCUUCUGCUCUUUGGCUUAUGCCACAACCAAAACCAAUCUCUUUGUGGAGGGCAGGGUGUACUGUGACCCAUGUCGUGUCCAGUUCGAGACUAGACUUAGUGUACCCCUCGAAGGUGCUGUGGUAGCUUUGGAGUGCCGAGGUCGUGAGAAUGGUACCUUGGUAUACACACUCCAAGGCAAGACCGAUAAGAAUGGCAUCUACAGCCUUCCCGCUGAUGAGGACAUGGAGGAGCAAAUCUGUGAGGUGAGGACCGUGAGCAGCCCUAGGGCCAAUUGCAAUGAUCACUUUGACUUCGAGAGAGCUAGGGUUUUGCUAACACACAACAAUGGUGUCAAGUCCAUGGCUCGAUAUGCCAACCCCCUUGGGUUCAUGCAGAAUGCGAGUGUCACUGAGUGUGAGGAAGUUCUUAAGGAAUUGUUCCCCGAGGAGACCGAGGAAGCAUAG